AUGGGAUCCUAUUAUAUAUUAUGGGAUUAUUCACCGAUAUUUCGAUGGCUGGACUAUAAAAUGGUUAAUAAAUUUAAUAAAGUAACCGAAGAAUUAUGUAAUCUAUUAAUGAAAAAAUUUCAAAAACAUUACAUCGAUUUCAAACCGACAAUUGAACGAGACUUUUGCGAUACAAUGAUUUCGGCAAAAUUGUGGGCAAAACAACAAAAUAGUAUAAAAUAUGAACACAUGACUGACCAGAAUCUGGCGAUGACUGUCUACAACCUGUCCUAUGACGGCGCCGACGCUUUUUACAAUUCAUUUCAAUGGCUGCUAUUGUUUGUCGCUUAUUAUCCGUCAAUACAGACAAAAUUAAGGCAAGAAAUUUCAAAAGAAAUUGGCGAUCAAUUGCCCGGUUUUGAUGACAGACAUCGUUGCCAUUAUGUGAUGGCAUUUAUUACGGAAAGUCUACGCUUUCGUAAUCCCAAUCCAUUUGGUGCUAUUCACGAAACAAUGGCUAAUUGUAACAUUGGAAACUAUAACAUCCCAAGUGGUACACGUGUUUCGGUGGCACUCGGAUUGAUAUCAUGCGAUCCAAUCCAUUGGUCAGACAGUGGCCAUGAUUUUUGUCCGCAACGUUUUCUCGAUGCUGACGGCCAUUAUGUAACUACUGUUUCGUCGGCAACGUUCAUACCGUUUGGUUUCGGUCGACGCAAAUGUGUUGCCAUUAGUCUAUCGUUAAACGUAUUAUUUAUUUUAUUGGUCCGAUUGUUGCAAUCGACUAAAAAUUUUGAUAUUGUUUUGAACACUAAUACGGAUCUGAGUCCUGAUCCCAGCAUUACAUUUACGUUGAGUCCAAAAGAGUUUAAAAUUUCAUUAAUACCUAAAUAA